GGAUCCCGUCGCUGCGCAAGGCCACAGCAGGGGCGGCGCGGUAGCUCGAGAAAUCGAGCACGGGGGCGAUGGCAGCCGCUGCGAUUUUGCCGAAUUUUAUUGUUUCGGGCGCAAGAGGUCCCCGAUGCCAGUCCUGCGAGAAUUUUAGGGCCUCCCUCCCCGUUCGUGCGGAGUUUUUCUCCGAGUGUUCACCUUCUCGUAGCUCUGCUCUCCGGAUGGUCGCGACUCCGAAGCUUCGUCAUAACAGAGUUCAGUUUCGAAUGCUCAGAUAUAGGUGUGCUGCGUCGAAACCUGUGCAAGUUGAAGAUAGCAGGGAUGAGCAGACUGACGAUGACGAGGAAGAUGAUUAUCCCAUGUUUAUGGAAGAAGAUGAUCCCACCUGGCCUGAGGGCGAAGACGAUGGCUACGGAUUCCAAGUUUCACAGUUUUUCGAAAAGUGGGGGAAGGUGAAAGUGAAGAAUGUGGACGACGAUGGAAAAAUUAUUGAAGACGAAGAGGGAAAGACUGAUGAUGAUGAUGAAGGUGAUACGGACUUGUCUCUCAAGUGGGAACAAGAAGAGUAUCAAUGGAUAGUUCGAGAAAUAAAUUUUCUUGAGUGGGAUUUAGUUGCCCUGCAAGACCCUACUCCGCUUAUCGUCCUCGGUUUUGAACGAUAUGGCUCCAGUGGAGUAGAUGGCUGGGCAUUAUUGAAGGAGCUGGAGACCAUGAUCAAGAGGAUUAUUGACAGCCGAAAGUAUCCCGUGCGGGCCGUGAAACUGGAUGUCAAUAUCGAAGCGGAUCUUGCUGCAGCCUUGAAAAUGAAAACAGUUCCUACUUUGCUGUUUAUUAAUGCGGGAAAGCUUGUCUACCGCAUGACGGGUGUCAAAUCGGCAGACGAGCUGUUGCAGAUAACCUCACACCUCUUCUAUCACUCGACAAAACCCUCGUGCAUGGCUGAUGACAAAACCUCAGAAUCUGUUGCCAACAUGCAAUGACAUAGAAAGUUGAGAGAUUUGAUAGAUGAGGGUAGUUAUGCCAUGCAUGAGAAGGUUCCAAGCCAGUGAGCAGGACUUUUUUUGCAGUUGUGCAGUCUGAUGUUAGUGCAAGAGUUUAGCCCGUGACGAAUUUUUGGCAAUUAACUGGUGGCAAUUUUACUUCAGAGUAGUCCCGUAUAUACUAAGCUUCAGGUCUUGAUGCAGUAUCCUACACCAUCGAACAACCCUUUAAAUCUGCGGCUAGACAACGGUACUUAGCCUUCAAAUUAUAGACUGCCAUUAGAAUCGCCCUUCAUCUUGUCAGGGCUUUGUUAUCAUUAUAUCAUUCAAGAGUGGACUCUAGCCACAUGCAUAUGGCCAGUCCACAUUGCUGUUACAAAGUUUGUGCUCCUCUAUUUACUUGGAAAUGUCCUAAUUAUUGCUAUGUUCACCAUCAUUGUCUGUAAACUCGAGAAGUUUUUGCUCUUGCAUCAGUGAAUUGACAUUCGACCACGAAUGAUCACUGCAGUAAACUUCGCUGAACUUAGGGGUGAUAAACCUCGUCAGAAGGGACUCUUUCUAGUCGACCAUAGAAAGCGAGCAGUGGGAGCCUAUGUCAAGAUGGCUAAAAGCUGACAUUGGCUGACGUGC